CACGAGAGCUCCGAGAUGGCGAUGCGCGCGUGGAUGGCGAGGCCCAGGUCGCGCCCGGCGUCGGUGUGCCUGUGGCUCGCGCUCAUCGCCGCCACCUUCGCGUUCGCCCAGGUGCUCAUCCACCUUGCCAAGAAACCCAGCGCGGACCUGUCCAAGGUGACGCACAAGGUCUUCUUCGACAUCGAGAUCGACGGCAAGCCCGCAGGUCGGGUUGUCAUGGGACUUUUCGGAAACGCUGUUCCUAAAACAGCAGAGAACUUCAGAGCACUUUGCACAGGCGAGAAAGGAAUUGGAAAGAGUGGCAAACCUCUCCACUACAAGGGAAGUUCAUUCCACAGAAUUAUCCCCAGCUUCAUGAUCCAAGGAGGUGACUUCACACAUGGCAAUGGAAUGGGCGGCGAGUCUAUCUACGGCACAAAGUUUGCUGACGAGAACUUCAAGCUCAAGCACACUGGACCAGGCUACCUUUCCAUGGCCAAUGCUGGGAAAGACACAAACGGAUCCCAGUUUUUCAUCACCACUGUAACUACAAGCUGGUUGGAUGGCAAGCACGUUGUGUUCGGCAAGGUCAUCUCUGGAAUGGACGUGAUCUACAAGGUUGAAGCUGAAGGCAAGCAGAGCGGCACACCAAAGAGCAAAGUUGUCGUUGCGGACAGCGGAGAACUGCCGCUGUGAUUGAGAUGAAAAUGAUCUCUGAUGGAACAUGGAGGCUACUACCGCCCCUUGUUGUAGAACUGUUAUUAGUUGGUCUGUUUCCGCAUACUCUACUGUUCUACGCUAUUUUAGAUGACCAGGUUUCUCUUGACUAUAAAGUAUAAUUACUUAUAUAACGACUUGCUUA